GAAAGCUCAAAAUCGUAGGGGUUUAUGAUAUGGCGCAGUGUGCCAGUGCAGUGUGUGGAGAGAAUAUUUAAGAACCAAACUCAUCUGUUUCUGCAAUCAGUCGAGAUUAUCAACAAAUUUACGAUGGUGUCGCUUGCAGAUAUCCUGCCCAGACCCAAGCAAUGGAUACAAGAAGAUGAGGUGGACCUAAGAGCAAAAGAGUUGCGUGUGGUUUCAGUAUCAAGGAAUGCAGCUCCACCAUAUGGUCAUCGCAAGGGAUGGGUCCCUAGGUCUUUGGCUGAUUAUGGAGAUGGAGGAGCAUAUCCAGAGAUCCAUAUUGCCCAGUAUCCACUGGACAUGGGUCGUACAAAGACCAAUCAAUCUAAUGCUGUAGCUAAGACAGUGGAUGCAGAAGGCAAGGUUCGAUAUGAUGCCCUUGCUAGGAUUGGACAUGGCAAGGACAAGGUUGUACACUCAAGGCCUCAAGACCUACUUCCUAGAGUAAUGGGAGAUGAUGAUGAUCCAGAUCUUCAGAAACCAGAUGAAGAGUCCAUUGAAGAAACUGCUGAGAAGACUAGAUCAGCAUUGGAGAAGAUCGUCCAGUCCAAAAUAUCUGCAGCUCUUCCUGUUCGCCAUGCUGAGAAAACCGCACCUGCACAAUAUAUCAGAUACACACCAUCACAACAAGGUCUUGCCUUCAACUCUGGAGCUAAGCAGAGAGUGAUUAGGAUGGUAGAGGCACAGAAAGAUCCUAUGGAACCACCCAGAUUCAAAACAAACAAGAAGAUACCGCGAGGUCCUCCUUCACCACCGGCUCCUGUCAUGCAUUCACCAACAAGAAAGGUUACAGUCAAAGAACAGCAGGAAUGGAAGAUCCCACCCUGUAUCUCAAAUUGGAAAAAUCAAAAGGGUUACACUAUACCACUAGACAAGCGUCUUGCAGCCGAUGGCAGAGGACUACAGAACCCACAAAUCAAUGAGAACUUUGCCAAGCUGGCUGAAGCUCUCUACAUUGCCGACAGGAAGGCCCGUGAAGCUGUAGAGAUGCGUGCUGGUAUGGAGCGUAAGGUGGCACAGAGAGAGAAAGAGAAACAUGAAGAACAACUAAGGGCUAUUGCUGCUAAGGCACGUGAAGACAGAGCAGGCAUCAAAUCAGCUAUGGACAAUGAUGACGAUGUGAGAGAGCGAGACAAGAUAAGAGACGAGCGUCAUCGUGAUAGACAGAGGGAGAGGAACUUUGCCCGUGCAGCUCCUGAUAAGAGAUCACGCCUAGAGAAACAGAGAGAACGUGAUGUAAGUGAGAAGAUAGCCCUUGGUCUACCUAACGCUGGAGCAGGCAGAUCAGAUGAUGCACAGUUUGAUCAAAGGUUAUUCAAUCAGUCAAAGGGAUUGAACAGUGGCUUUGGAGGAGGAGAGGAUGAGAGCUAUAAUGUAUACAGUGAACCCUGGAGAAAAGAUCAGAAUGUUGCUAGCAACCUCUACCGACCCAGCAGGAAUGCUGACAAGGAUGUCUAUGGUGAUGACCUGGAUAAUCUAAUCAAGAAUAAAAAGUUUGUUCCUGACAAAGGGUUUGCUGGAGCAGACAGCUCUAGACGUCGUGAUGGUCCCGUCCAGUUUGAGAGAGAAGAGGAAGAAGAUGUGUUUGGUCUGGAUAACUUCUUUAAGACUGUGAAGAAAGCAGAUAAGAGGCAGGCAGAUGAGAGGAACAGAGAUGAUUAUGAGAGGGGAAGUAGCAGCAGUAGCAAGAGAAGAAAGGACUACUAGCUUCACAUUCUAUAAAUCUUCCCUCUAUAAUCCUAUGAAGCCACCUUCCGUGGGCUCCAUGCUACCUCUUUUGGGGGGUUGAAUUGUUUAGAUUCUGUAUUUACAAGCCCUUUGUAAAAUAAGUUUUUUGGGUCCGGACUUAAAUUCGCCCAUGUGUCCCGGGCGCCUAAGUGACAAGCCCUGCUCAUUCCUAUGUGACGUGAUUAACUACCCCC